AUGAAUUUGGGCUCCAUAAGUGAUAAGCUACCAACGUAUCCCUCGAAUAUUCAGGGCGAACUCCGCCUUAUUCUGCAAACAAAGGAUAUAUUUAUGGUAUGCUACAAACAAUUAGAGGAAUACCGUCGGUUGGUCAAUGAGCAGAACCGACUAAUCACAAAGGAAUUUGUGCAGGAGCAGUUACAGGCCGGAGAAGAUGAAAUUGCAGAGCUCAAAAUAGAGCUUGGUGAGGCUGAAAGCAAACUGGCAGCCCGCUUACGGCACAAUGAACUCUUAGCUGACCAAUUGGCAAGUCAAGGUCUGGGUGCCCUCGAAACAGGCGGCACGGCGCGGCACAUGGCCUUAAUCAGGUCUCCAAACAUAAAGAAACAGAUGAUGGCACAGCGCAAGAAUGCCCUUGAUCCGUGCGCAAACGGCGGAAAAUCUCAGACACACCUCAUAGAUAAUAUUGCCUUGGCAAUAGACGAGAUUCAUCAGGAAGUGCGAACGAAAGUAAAGCCUCUUUUGGACUAUUACCGGGAUCUUUUUUACCUUCAACUGCAUUUUAGCCUGGUUCUUGGGCAGGUAUGCAACUACUGCAUGCCGCUGGUCACAGAAAACAUUGGGCUGCUUGAGCGUGUUUUCUUCUGGGCUGAGCGACCCGAAUUCGAACUAAUUCGGAAGGCCUCUGACAUAUCCGAUCGACUUAAAGAAAUAUACACGCGAUCGCAACAAAUCUACGGAGUCUUAUCGGAAUCAGUAAGGUUCCUGCAGUCAAAAGUCGAGCUACAAAAGUCAUUGGAGACUCGCUUUCACGAGCGCAUGGAUGAACAACAGAAACUCAAAGACAAGAUCCUGCGUGAGAUUCACGCCUCCAGGCAGAAUAUGGAUAUGCUUGAAGAGGAGAACGACAGGCUUGUUGGUAGUCUUGUGAAGAUUGACCCGACGUUUGUCGACAGCCAAAAUUUCAUUGACCUAGCGGAGGGCGGGAACCUCCCCAGCAAGCAUGGAAAUGCGCAUAACAACCGCAAACAAACGAGCGAGUUUAUCUCCUCAACACCAAUUGAGGAACCCAGAUCAGCAGAAGUUGAUGAGAAUGAGCUCAUUGAAGCAUCUAACGUCAAUGCAAGACUUGACUAUAACAACAAUAAGGCCCUCAGCGUCACGGGCGAUUCCGAGGAUGGAUCUACAAUGGCGGUAUGGAAUAAACAACUGCACAAUGUGAAGUGUUCCCCUAAAGAGAAAAGCACGAGACCUAGGCGGAAAUCUUCAACACUUGGCAACGAAGCGUCAAAGACCCAAGUGUCAAAUGAGAGGCCAUCGCGUGGUAGGGGACGCAAGCGUGAGGAACGUCAAAAAAAGCCUAAGCGAGCAGUAACCGCUACUCUAAAAGAAAGAGCAGCAAGCAGUGGAACCGAGACACGCGAGAAUCUACACAGUCGGGCGCGGUCAUCUUCACAAGUCAGGUCUCCAUCUGUCCCACAUGCUAGCCGCAAAAAUUCCACCGGUAGAACAAAGAGCAGAAGUGAUAUGGUUAACUACGAUACUGUGUCCGAAGGCCAAGCUUCGACGGGACGCAGGAUAAAAACAGAGGUUGUCAAGGCUAGUCCGAAGUCGAGCGCUUCAGACCAAUCUCUUCAGCCACAUGGUGGAUCCCUAAAGUCACGCUUGUUAGACAGAACCAGAGGGCUCUUUGAUUUGUCGAAGGUUCGUGGCGGUAAGACAAAUUCUUCAGUGCCUACUGAGAAUGAAGACUCAUCUCUUGCCAUGGCAUAUCACCCAGUUGAGGUUCUAGAAGGAAGCGGAGCCCUGACGAGCGUAUCCUCCAUUGAUACAUCUUAUUUCCAUGAAUCUACCCCAUCUCGGAAAGAGCAAAACUCACCACAGUUGUAUGGUUCUGGCAAGUCUGGUUCAAAGGACAGUAAGAACCGGCCAAAAACCCGAGAAAACAAAAGUGGAAAGCAAUGGCGGGAACCCCAGAUGAGGCUCUCACCGAUGGAUGAUGAGAUGCUCGUCUUGGGUGAACAACAAAAUGGAAAUAACUCCAGGUCCAGUAGGCGACGGCCAAAAUCCCGACAAGGCGGUCAUGGUGCAAUGCGUAAUGAUCUUGCCAAUUUCCUCACAAGCAGCGCUUCGGAGAACCUCCUGAGUUCCGAUAGUUCACUGCUCCCAGACCUGAACUGA